AUGUUGCAGACCCUCCACAUGAUGCACCAGCCUCAGACGUCGACGUAUGAUCCAGCCUUUCGGCCACUUCUUCAGCCGAGCUCGGGGUUCGGAACCCUGUCCGCGAACGGCGGGGCUUCGCAACUGACUGCUUCGGGCAACGCGGCAGCGGCGUCGUCCUUCUACCAGCCAUCGGCCCGCCCCCCACCCCCGCCAGACCAGCCCUUGCCACCCCUUCCGCCGAUCACCCCCACCUCGGGCAUGAGCUGUUGGACUCAUCGACCCAGCUCCACGGUGAACCCGUACGCGGCGUCCUCGGCCGUGUCCAUGAUUUCCAACGGGAUGAAUGUGGGGCUAGGCGGAGGGGGGGCCCCUAUGGUGGCCAGUACGCAUACCGGCCCAAAACUGGGCCUUACGAUUGGCCAACUUAUCAUCCACUCGGGAGCAAAGAUCACCCUUGAAAACCGAUGUUAUCACAAUCUAGACGGCUCAAUGGCUGAGUACGCCAGUGCCUCGCUCAUCAGCGGCCAGACUGGUUACCCAAUGCGCCCCCCGUCCAUCCACGGCGGUUCAGGCGGACUCAUCUUCGCACCUUCUCCAACGGGAUAUCCGACCGCCCAGCCACCCACCAGCCAAGACGUCUUCCUCCAAUCGAUGCUUGCCGCCACGACCAAUGGGAAUGCAGCCACCAACGCGGGUGUCUUCCCCCUCAUGGUGUCCUGUUCAAGCGGUUUUGGCGAUGGGGCAAUGCCGCCCUCCCUCUCCGUCUUCCCAUCGCACUCAAUGAAUGGCCCCUUCGACACGCUUAAAUCCAUCGACACCCUGCCACCGCAUGAGGACAUGCGGUGA